GUACACGUUAUAUAAAUAAGUUUUGGUUUGCCAGCUGGGUCAGAACAACUCCAGAUUCAUGAGCGGAAAACUCGAUAUUUGAGUGGAUUUUUCUCCUCAUUUCACCGUGUUUUUGAUCGUUUGGACCGUAAGUAGUCGUGUGUUUUUACAUAUCUAAACUUUUUGCCGUGUGUUGUGUGUUUUACGUAAGAGUUCCGUUGAAGAAGUCAUCUUGUAACUCUCAAAAGUUUAAUUAAAACUUAACUUGGUAACAAAACGACAACUUGACUGAAGCUGGACAGAUUUAAAAAGAGUGAACAUUAACAUCGACUGAAGUCAUAACCUUCUCCUGUGACAUUUUAAAACUUUAUUAGUGAAGGUAAGUGAUAAGGUAAGCACAAAGGAAGCAGGUUCGAGGUGUUUUUGUCGUUUUUAAUCAAACCAAUCAAUCAGUACAUGUUUCCUCAAGUUUCAUUUUACUGGAGUUUUCCACGUUUGAGUUUUAAAGUCUUAAAAACAACCGUCAGAGCUCAAUGAAGUGUGUCCAGCUUACUUUUUACCUCUCCUUAGUGUGUCUUGAAAAGGAAAAACAAACACUUUUGACCUCAGAUAACAGGCUUUUUUAAUUUAUUUAUUUUAUCUAACUGUAAUUUAAUGUUUGCUAUUUAUUGUAAAUGGGUCCUAUGGCUUGUAAUGGGUGUUAACCAUAGACUGUAUAUACUAUAUUCUAGAUACAGUUUAUGGUUAACAUGUCUUGACAUAACUCUCCAAGUGCAAUGAAUAAGAAUGUAGUUCUCACUUUCGACCACUAGAGGCACUGUGAUUUUUAGGGAAUUGUAAUAUUUUUCACUGUUGAUAUUAUCCUGAUGCCUAAUGAAAAUAAAUGUGAAAUAAAAGUAAAAUACUCAAAUUACAAGGUGGAAAAUUGAAAGAAACAAAAGCAGAAAAGAUUAAAAUGAUCCAAAUUGAAUUAAUAUCUCCAAGUGCAGUUUAAUCGAUAAGUAGACUGUUUUCGAGCAAGAUAUCUGCAGCAUAUAUGGUCCAGAUUGACUUCCCCCCUCAUUCUUAUAAACAUGUGGCAUCAUUAUUUUAAAGUUUAUUUAAUUUUCUUUUUACUCACUGACCUUGAAAUAACUGUCUGAUUUCUUUCUUUUAAACAUCAGUAAUCCAAGAUGGCAAACGGUCAUGUGGAAAUCCACGACCCCCUCACCAACAGCAGAGACCGCAGCAGCAGCAAAGACUGUGACCCCAAAUCUACGUCAGACAUGGAGGACACCACAGAGUUCAGACUCCUCAUGGCCUACGCUCAGAGGAGGAGAAGAAAAGACAAAGUCUUGAUUCCAAAGGGCUUGGUAUUAGUAGGACAAUGUGGCUUAGCUGAUAACGGAUUACCUCAGGAACCACCCAAGGCCGAAAACGAGGUGAAGAAGGGGAAGAAGAGGGGGAGGAGAGGAUGGAAAAAGCUGCCAAAGCUUUUGAGCUGCAUCAGUCAUGCAAAACCCGAACUUUCUCCUGCACCUCAGGGACGUGCUGCUGAUUUCACCUGUCGCAGUGGAGAUAUUAAAGAAGGUGAGCAUCAAGACAAAGUGUCAGCAAGUCUUUUCAGAUUAUUAAAAUACCUCCACUAAGAUUAGGAUACUAUGAACUGUGUACAUAAACAAAAAUGCAAGAGGGGGAAAAAGAUCAUAUUCAGUGAGACCAUAUUUGAUCAAAAUGAAAAUGCCAAAAUAGCCUUUUAUGUACAGCAAGAGCAGUGUUUGCAGUGAUUUUUUUUUUUCAAGCUCUAGUAUUGUUUUUUGCACUUUUGACUCAUCAGUUGGUUAAAACAAACAAGUAUAAUGUGAGCUGUCAUUUAAAAAACAGUUUCAAAGACAAUUCUAAAGAAAAAACCUGGUGGGUAAAGGCAUCAGACUCGUGACUUAUAACAGUAAUGCGAUGAGCUGUUCGUUGUGUCACGAGCUCACCUUUUUGUUUCCCUUACCUGCCGCCUGCUUUCCUCCAUCAGAUAGUAAGAUGAUUGACCGUUACAGCAGACCAGCAGAGCUUUAUGUGAAUUAUUCACAGUCACGAGUUCAUUCAUACAGCAUGUUUACAACAAUCACGGCUAACCAAAGUGCUUCUCAGGGUUUGAACUGUAUCAGCACAAGACCAAAUAUGGAUUAAGGAUAAUAAUAAGUGCAACCACAGUGAACAAGUCAUUCAGUAAACUCAUCACAGAAGUUAUCUGAGGACACCUAAAUGAAAAAGCUGUUCUAGACCCAAAGGUGCUACUAUAUCCUGGUGACCUGCUUUUAGUUCAACCAAAACUCCCUGGUCAGUUUUCCUGCUUGUUUUUCCCCAUGACGCAUGUUCCUGUCAACUCCCAGUGCGUAAUAAAACCUCAGUUUUUACCUUUGUACCCGAGGUUCAGCAUUUUUCGAACGCAGCUCAUCAAGCAGGCUGCGGUUUCACUCACGUAACCACGUGUUAAUACUGCUGACUGUUCAAACGUCAUCGUUCACCCCGCUGGCUGUGAGUCAGUUCUCCCUAAAUCUGACUAUGAUCUUUUGGGAAUUUCUCAGGAUGAUGUGUUUCGUUCCCACUCAGAGAUUCAGGCUCGGACAAGUAGCUAAACUUUUUAAGCAUUUGUCAUCAGUGUGUUUUGAUCAUUUCUUUCAGAUGAAGUAAAAGAAAAGGAAAACUUGGACAGGGCGGUGAGCAGACUGACAGAAAUCAUCAGCGACGUCCCAUUCACCCCGCCAGAGGUAGAGACGGAUUCCUCAGACGGUAAGUUUGAGUUUCCUCACGACAACAUAGACACCGAGGUUAGACUCAAUCUGAGAACAUUCAGCUAUUUUUGCUGCACAAACUUGUUUAUCAAGUUUCAACAAAACAAAUAUAACGUGGAUUUAUUUAGGUGUUUCAUGAUGUUUGACUUCGAAUGUGAGUUUCUGGUUAUUGACCUUUUUGUUUGUUUUUAUUUUUUAAGAUGUGGAGAAAGUUAUCGGCCUGCUGCUGAGGGAAGCUGGGGACAGACUGAAUGAACAGGUUGGGUGAAAACAUUUCCUUUUAUUAUAAAAAAUAUCCAGAUUUCUUUACUAAUAGAGAAGAAGAAAGGCAGCAACACUGAGUUUGAGUCAAAAGAACCAGAUUCCUAUCAUAAAAAGACUGAUUAACUAACACAUUUGGAUGCAGAAAUCCUGGAUUCAAGGGAUUUCAGUGAGCUUUUAAAAACUGCAACGCUAAACGUAUAAGAUACGACACCAAUAGUGCAAAUAUUUGUUACGUAUAUGUCAUUUUACCUUCAAAUGCAACCUCAUCUCUGCCCUCUAAAGUUGUUGAAAAGCUUUUGUUUCGGUGUGUAAAUCAGAUUCAUUGUCCUGAACAGAAAAAUGUGUUUUUUCUUCAGGAGGAGGAGCUGAAAACAGCUGUUUCAAGGAUUUUCUGGAACUAUGAUUUCUUCGAGAGGCUUCUAUCGACUCUCCUCAACAGGAUGGGUCUCCUGCCCUCUAACCCGGACUCUCCGGGACCACAAUCAUCGCCCAAAACCCAGAUCGCUGUGACCUGUGAAGUAAGAGCAGCUCUGACUUGUUAUAAAAACUAAAUAGAGUUGAGGAGGUGGGACAUUGAGGUGAAAACUAAUGUCUCUUUAUAAUCUACAACAAUAAUACAGAAGGCUGACUAUUUCUGUAAGUGUAUUUUUAAUGUCUGAAACUGUUGUGGUCGUCAGUACGCUAGAGAUGGUAGUGAGACAUUUGACUCUUAAAAGACAGCAGACAACUUUUUUUAAAAUCCGAAUCAUGUCUCACUUGUACAAGACAAGUGAUUUUAGGUGUUAAAAAUUAAAGCUAUAAGAAGUUAUCAGACUUGAUGGUUUCAUUUGAUUUUAAAGGUCGCAAAGAGUCAUUAAAAGCAGUUUUUGACUCGGCUGAAAACUCUUCAUAGAAACUUUUAAGAAAAUUAAAUUUCAGUUUAUUUAAGCCUCUUGACAUUUAACAGAGAACCUUCUAAAAGCAUUUUACUGUUUUAAUUUUUUGAAGUCAUGGGCUUAAAUGAUAGAAAACAACCCUGCAUACGACUCUUUUUUUCUGCUGUUGAUUCAGACGUUUUGUUUUCCUAACAGGUCACUAGUCGUCUGUCUGCAGCUGACACACUGCCUAUGCGCCGCCUGCUCGGACACGGAGCGAGGUACCUGCAGGAACAUUACUCAACCUGGGUUCAGCAGCAGGGCGGAUAUGUGAGUUAAACUCAUUCACACAUUUUCUUUAUCAUCCCUCUUGAGAUAGUGCGAUUGUGCAGGAUUCUCACUCACAUUUCUUCCUCAGGAGGAGGCUUUUUACAGUGAUAAUGAGGACGAUGAAGAGUGAACGGACAGGGUUUUUCUAAGUCGAUAUCGCCCUCUUCAGGCAAACAGAAAAACUGCCACAUUGUGCCUUCAACCUGCCAGCUCAUUAAGCAGUUCCUUCUGUUUAACACCUCUCAAAGAAGCCACUUACAGAGGUGUUUUUAGUGCUUUCAGCUCUGGGUUUUUCCACAAGGAACAAAUAAAGUCUCAGGACAUUGACUGUCAAAUCCGUUGACAUGCACAUUAAACCCAAACUGGACAAGCACUCAUAUAUCAGUGUCAAAAUGCCAAAAACAAUUAACUGUAGCAUGCGUGUGUGUGUGUGUGUGUUUCUGUUAAGUAAUUUUUAUUUGUAAUAAGUGAUUAAAUGCCAACAUUUUGCUGAUGUUUGAAACGAAACCAUUGUUAUGCUGUUGCCUCAUCAUGUGGUUAAAGGAGAAGACAGCGUGAUAUUCCAGCAGUGACUGUCAGAUAACUCUUAAUAUGAUCCAAGAAAAUUCCUGUUAAAAGGGAAUUUAUUAAACAACAACUACCUGUGAUUUUCUUGGUGAGUCGGGACUUCUACGUCUUAAUGUCUGUUAAAUCAUCUCCGUUUCUCUUCUGUACUUUGAUUUAUAGACAUUUAAGUGAGAAAUCAGAGUUUUGCACAUUUGUAUUAGCACUUUUUUUCCCAUCUGAAUCAGUAUAAUGGUAUCAUGUUCCUCUCUGAGGGAUGUUACCUUUAAUUUUUCAUUGUGGAAUUUAAUGUAUUUGUUUUUUUUGUUUUUUCUACUUUAUUGAAGAAUGUCAGGAUCGAAUUUUGACAAAAUGUAUGCUUUAUAUUUAAAAAAAAUUCUAUCUAUGCAAAUGUUUUCAUGGCUAAAAAUAAACUUGAAUUGUCGCAUAAACUCUUAGCUUCAUGUGUCUUAAAAUUUUUGUAACAGUUCUGCACUUCUAGACCAAAUACAAAGGAUGGCAUGAACUUUGAAAAAUCUGGUUGUGGUAGUUGUGAAAGGCAAACAGUGGUAGACCAAGAAUACAAACUCAGAAAUUACUCCAAUACUUGAAAAAGUUGCUCCUUAAAAUUAUGAUUAUUUAAAUGUAAUUAUAGGAGAACUUUAUUUUGAAAAUACUAAAUCAAUGAAAAUAUUUCUGAAACUGUAACACCAGUAAAUUACAUAUUGGUGCAGCUUUCAUUAAGUUUGUAAAAAUGAAUAGAAGUACAUAACUAUAGAGUAAGCACAAAUGAGGGUCAUAUCAGUGGGAAGCAGAGGGUGCACCAUAAUCUUCCAGAAAAGAAAACAGGAAAUCCUGGACAAGAUAGUGGCGCCUCAGUAAGGCAGUCAAAUAUUUAGUUUGUGUAAAAGUAAUUGAAUGAUGUAAUAUUUCAGAUGUUGCUGAAAAAUACAAUAAUUUUCUCACUUAUUAAUCUAAAAGUUUCACUGUAUUGAUGGUGCAGUUGCAUUUGCCUGUUUCACCACAAUUGGAGUAACUGCUGCUGGUAAGAUUGUCAACUGCAAUAGUGUCCCGAAAAGAUAUUUACCGAUAACCUACCUCUGUGUGUGAGCUUCAUGUCAAAAAGGACAUGAAGACUACUAUUCUAAUGUAAUAAAAAGUCUUUUAAUUGUUUUCCUGAAUUAAAUGAGUGUUUUCAGUUCAGUAAAAAGCUGAAUUAAUAAAAUAAGUGAGAUGAAGUCGCAAAAAAACAGCACAACCCCAUGGACAAAAAAGAAACUGCAGGCAGAAUGAGUAGCCGGUGUGACCUUAAUUGAAUUUUUCAUCCAUCUCCUUUUGUUAACAUUUUGUAAGCUCACAGCGAAUAAACUAUCAAGUGACAACUUGUUUCAAUUUUAAGAUUGAUUCGGCUUGAUUAUGUUUAAUCCUAACGGCAUUUAAAGUAAACUUUAUCAACAAUGUGAAAUCUUGCUUGUAUCUUCCAGCAAGCAUUUCAACUGUAGACUUACAGACUUUAGACUGUAUAUAGAAUGGGCGCCGUCUGCCUCCUCGCUGGGUGAAGCCACUCUGAGAACAGCACCCUCUGGUGACGGGCUGCAGUAUAGGUCAUAAAUCCCGCCUCCGCCAGCAAAGCCUAUGGGGCUGUGGACAAACUUUUGAAAUUUAUUACACAGAAUGUAAAUUUUUUCCCCCCUGCUUGCGAUGUUGACAUGUAGUUAUUGUAAGACUGCUUUGUGCUCAAGUCCUCUUUUUUUCUGUGAAGCUCAAUUUUCAAAAUUUUUUACGGGGUUCAUGUUUUCAAUGAUUGACACCUGAUACAGCCUAUGGUCAUACGAAGAUUGCGUAUUUAACCCCAGGGCCAUUUUUCAUUAAUUUUUUUGUAGGAUGGUAGGGUAAAGUCCCGCCUCCUUCACCUCUGAUUGGUUAGAAAAGCUUGAAACAUCAUUACACACUCAAGCCAAACGCAGGCUGUUUGCUUUGUACAUCGCACAGAACAUAACAGAACACUAUCCCACUUCUAAAUCUCCUAACCCUAACCCUCAUCCUAAUCCUAACCCUAACCCUUAGCCUAACCCUAACCUGA